CGCCGUCUGAUUGGGGCUCGGGGGUGGCGGCUGGCGGCACUGGGCGGAGCGCCGGGCCUGGGCAAAGGAUACAGUGUCGGGCCGGCCGGGGAGAGGAGGCACUCGGCGGGGGCAGGGAGAGGAGAGGCGGCUUACAAAGUAAUCGGCCCGGAAACGAUCUCCAUCGGCCAGGGAGACGAUACAAAGCAUCUGCCGGAGGACGGGUCUCACCGGCCGGGGUGGAUACAAAGUAGCGGCCGGGGAAGGAGCCCCAUCGGCCCGGGGGGGGAAGGAGGAUAUAAAGUAUCGAGCGGCCGGACUAUCCAGACGGAAGGCCCCGGGAUCGGGGAGAGAGCGGGGGCGGCCUCUCCGAGGGUCGGAGCCCGAGCUCCGGGGGCGGCCAUGGGUGAGACGAAGAUCAUCUACCACAUCGACGAGCAGGAGACGCCGUACCUGGUGAAGCUGCCGCUGGCCGCCGAGCGCGUCACCCUGGCCGACUUCAAGCAGGUGCUGAACAAGCCCAACUACAAGUUCUUCUUCAAAUCCAUGGACCAGGACUUCGGGGUGGUGAAGGAAGAAAUAUCUGAUGACAAUGCCAAGUUGCCCUGCUUCAAUGGACGUGUGGUAUCAUGGCUGGUGUCAGCUGAGGGUUCCCACUCCGACUCCGGAUCCAUGUGCACGGAUAACCAGUCGGAUCUGCCUCCCCCCAUCGAGAGGACGGGGGGAAUCGGAGACUCAAGACCCCCCUCAUUCCACGCCAAUGCAGUCGGGAGCCAGGACAACCUGGACAACGAGACGGAGACGGAGUCGGUGGUAUCCUCGCGGAAGGAGAGGUUACGGCGGAAGGAAGGUCACGAGCACGUUCCCCGGGUCAACGGCCACACGAAGGUGGAGAGGCGGCACGAGAUCGGGGGCUACGAGAGCUCCUCCACGCUGAUGAGCAGUGAGCUGGAAUCCACCAGCUUCUUUGACUCGGAAGAAGAUGAUUCCACAAGCAGGUUCAGCAGCUCCACAGAACAGAGCAACUCGUCCAAACUCAUGAGGCGGCACAAGCGGAGGCGGAGGAAACCUCGGAUCCCUCGCAUCGAACGGUCCUCCUCGUUCAGCAGUAUCACAGACUCCACCAUGUCCCUCAACAUCAUCACCGUCACUUUAAACAUGGAGAAAUACAACUUCCUUGGAAUCAGUAUCGUGGGGCAGAGCAACGAGAGGGGUGACGGAGGGAUCUACAUCGGGUCAAUCAUGAAGGGAGGGGCUGUGGCUGCAGACGGCAGAAUCGAACCCGGGGACAUGUUGCUCCAGGUUAACGACAUAAACUUUGAGAACAUGAGCAAUGAUGACGCAGUCCGGGUCCUGAGGGAAAUUGUGCACAAGCCUGGGCCCAUCAUGCUGACCGUUGCCAAAUGUUGGGACCCAACCCCUCGUGCCUGCUUCACCCUCCCCAGAAGCGAGCCCAUCCGGCCCAUCGACCCGGCAGCCUGGGUUUCCCACACGGCGGCCAUGACGGGAGCCUAUCAGCCUUAUGGUAUGAGCCCCUCCAUGAGCACCAUUACUUCCACCAGCUCCUCCAUCACCAGCUCCAUCCCAGAAACCGAACGGUUCGACGAUUUUCAUUUAUCAAUCCACAGUGACAUCGUCACCAUCGUUAAAGCCAUGGCUUCCCCGGAGUCCGGCCUGGAAGUACGCGACCGAAUGUGGCUUAAAAUCACCAUCCCAAACGCUUUCAUUGGUUCCGAUGUCGUCGACUGGCUUUACAAUCACGUGGAAGGAUUCCCGGACCGGCGGGAAGCUCGAAAAUACGCCAGCAAUCUCCUUAAAGCCGGCUACAUCCGACACACUGUGAACAAGAUCACCUUCUCGGAGCAGUGCUACUACAUCUUCGGGGACCUCUGUGGCAAUAUGGCCAGCCUAACCUUACACGACCAUGACGGAUCGAGCGGCACAUCGGAUCAAGACACGCUAGCCCCCUUGCCCCACCCUGGAGCAGCGCCCUGGCCCCUUGCCUUCCCCUACCAGUACCCGACUCAGCACCCGUACAACCCCCAGCCGCCAGGCUACCACGACGUCGCCGGCUUCCCCUACGGAGGAGGCAGCGCCGGCAGCCAGCCCAGUGAAGGGAGUCGAAGCAGUGGAUCGAACCGGAGCGGGAGCGAGAGGCGAGGGGGGAAGGAGAAGGAGCCAAAACCCGGCGAUCCAAAAUCUGGGGGCAGUGGUAGUGAGUCAGACCACACCACGCGGAGUGGUGUGCGGCGGGAGCGGGCGGGAAGCGAGCGCUCAGCUCCCGCCAGCGAACACAGUCACCACAGUAACCUGAGCCAUCGGAGCCACCACUCACUGGCAGCCAGCAUCCGCAGCCACCACACCCACCAGUCCUAUGGCCCGCCUGGGUUGCCUCCUCUCUACGCCCCUCCCCUCGUCAUGAUGCCCCCACAGUCCGCCGCCACCCCACCCCCUGGGGCACCUCCGCUCCGCGAUCUGUCAGCGGUGCCUCCAGAGCUCACAGCCAGCAGACAAUCGUUCAGAAUGGCCAUGGGAAACCCCAGUGAGUUCUUUGUGGAUGUUAUGUGACUCAUUCCCCUUCACCCUCCGUAAAAGAAAAUGCACCCCUUCCACCGCCACCCGUGCAACUGAACAGCGGAGCGACUAAAGAAAACGGCGGACCUGCUUGCGACAGAGUGGCACGUUUCUGGAGUGUGAACAGGAUUUUUUAUAUUUAUUCAGCACUAAUCUCGCAAGAUUUAUCAACGUAAACACCCCCUAUUUUGCUUCCCUCCCCAUCCUCCCCUGCAAUCUGUGUUUUUCCCCACCCCCUCACAAGAAUGGACUGCAUUUGUACUUGGACAGUGUCCUGUCUCUCUGCCUCUUUUAACACCUUUCUCAUUGUAAGGUUUUGUUUUUAAAGCAAAAAAAAACAACCUUUUUUCUGCUUCUAUGGAGAGCUUGUUGUAAUAUCAACGGUCAAACUUUAAUCACUUCCAAUCUUGUUUUCUGUUGAACUAAUUUCUUAAAGCUCUUAUGUGUUUCUUUCCUUGUCACACAGCGACAGAUAGUGGGGUUCUUGUCCUCCUCCAACUGGUAAUAUUGUUAGUGCAUUGAGGGGAGAAGUAACCAGCUGGAUUGGGUUGGCCCUCUUGUGCUUGGCAUCAUUUCUUUUUAAAUCGUCUGGUCACCAGAACAGUAGGAUACAGAGGACAGACCCAGACUGCAAGGAAAAGCAUGGAAGAGUUGCUUAAUUGUUCUUAUGUUAAAACUCAGUCAUUAGUGUACGAUUAUGAAUUGCAUCUUAAAACUCUUCAAGGAAACACCGCAAGCCUUAUAUUUCACGAAGGAACAAACACAAAAAUAACUGUCCAACAAUUCAAUCAUGUUGUAAAGCUUCUGAUGUGUGUUUUUUUUCCAUGUAACUCUUCCUUUCAUGAGUAGCGUUUCAUGCUUUAAGUUUGUGGGAAAUGAAGUAAAAACAUCUCGGAUCAAAGCACGACGUUGUCACUCCAUCCCCGUCUUCCCUCUCCCCGCCCUCCGCAUCUGUCACAAUACCUUGCCCUUCGAGAACUGAAAUAAUAAAAAAAAGGUACCUAACGAUCAAUGAAACCUCACUACAGUCAGAGCAGCAAGUCGAAAGAUCGUCGAAGAUCAGAUCCCUCAGGAACAUCCCAACGGAGUCUCGGUGUGGAGAACCUCGACUCCAUCAGGCAACAAAGGGCAGCUGCACUAAUAUCUCACAACCUCUCCGCUCACUCACUGAAUCUGAAGUUGAAUAAGAGAAAUAUAUAACUUGGAGAUGACAUGUGACCCUGGAUGACGGUUUUGUAGCUGAAAGUUGCAUUGUAUACUUUAAUAAAAUGGUUCUAGAUGAUUUCUUCACAUCAACUAAUUUCAUCACUGGUGGAAGUGAGGUGCAAUUUGUUAUCCAUUUUCACGACUGAUA